UGGUUCUGAUAGCUCCGUUGGCCGUGAUGGUGGGUACGGUGGGCGGGGCGAUGGGGGCUCCUACGAUGGAGGUGGGCAUGAGAUCGAUGAUGGGAAUGAUAGGUUCUUCUUGUCAUGGACGCCUUUUAGUGGCAGACUCGGGAGGAAGCCAAAUUCUUGUUGAACGGAUAGGAAGGAGACUGUGGUGAGGAUACAGCAAUUUCCACUAACCUAGGCACAUUGCGGAUACAUGGUCAGAAUUGUAGAGUGGAGGAUAUUUAGUGAUGCUUUUCCAUUGUCAAAUUCUCACCUUUGAAUGGAGAAGCUCAUAUGUGAAUUUCUUUUAGCUGCCCUUUUCUCUUCAAUUUAUCUUCCCUGUGUUCUUUUAGAUGUUUCCGAACCACUAGGCCGACCUUUGGAUGCAUCUGAGAUGUCUUAACCACACCACUGAUAAUGCGCUAUUCACCACUGUGAACAUGGUGAUACUAUCAGUCAAGAUAUUGGAAGUUUAUCCUUGUUGGCUCAUGGCUAAAACCCAAUCAAAGUCUGCCAAGGAGAAAUGUUCUAACUAUAUUUUGGUCAGUGAGUUGGCAUGUACUUGAUGGCACUUGAUAAGCACCCAGUGAUUACUAAAGCUUUGAUAUGCCAGGUUCCUUUUGUCAUCUGUUGGUCACUCUGCUUUUGAUUGAUCAAGUGUCAAAGUUGGAUUUGAGGCGGACAUUUGUGUUCACAUUCCUCGGACUUUCAUUAGUGUGUCCCACAUUGCAUUUUUGGUACUUGUAUCUGAGUAAAUUGUUGACUUUUCCUGGAGCAUCGGGUGCAUUUUUACGGCUUCUGCUUGACCAGAUAUAUAUUUUUUGUAUAUUUAUAUGAGAUCCAUUAAACUUGCAUCGAACCUUCCUGCAAUAUUAGUGCGUUCUUACACCUUUUGUUAUGUGCAUUUUAUAUUUCAUCUUGAUAAGUUCUAUUAAGUUUAUGAUAAUCCUUUUUGUCUUGCUUUUUGACACCUUCACUUAUGCUCUGUUCUUAAUGUGGCACUAUCACUCUAGUACGGUUGAUUUUCUCCCCCAUCUUCUUAGGAGUUUUCCUUAGUUCAGUUGUUGCCUUAAAGGGAAGGCCAUAUCAAAUAAAUCAUAAGCUUGAACAGGUGAGGAUUUAUUUUUCCUAUGCUAGAAGAAAAUGUAUAAUUUUAAAUCAUACACUUUCCCGUGCCUUUAUGAGUAUGAUGUUUGUAGGAGUGGUUUUCAGUAGUGCUAGCUAACUGGCAAUUGUGGAUAGCAUUUCAGUUCCUUAACUUCCAGUUUGUUCCUCAAAAGUUUCAGGUGUGAUAAAUCCCUCUCUCGGCUAUGUAAUUCUUAAACACCUGAAAGAAGUUGUGACUUGUCUAAAGCAGCCAAUAAAUCCACUUUUGACUUCGCGUGUCACUAUAUUAGGAUAAAUAUCUUCCAUUAACUUGACAAUUCCAUAAAUCCAGUGUUAACUGGAACUUAUCAAAUGUGACAUAGCACUUUUUUAUUCCCAUGAAUAUGUAAUUUUCUUUCGCCUUCUUUCUUUAUUUUAAAUUUGCUUCUUCCCAGGUUCUAGCUGCAGACAUUGCAGCGCUUGCAUGGAAUGUGAUGCUCUCAUUUGAAGCUCAUAAAGAAAUUGUGCUGAAAUAGUACUACAGGUGAGUCAACAUUUACUUGCACCAAAUUCAGCCACCACUCGGAUGUCUUCUGGUAUGCGGCAACUUCAAGCACAAGGAUGUGCGACCCAUUUGGCCAGUUUUGGUCAGUUCAUAGUUUUAGAUGAAAUGUUGACUUCACAGUUUUGGUCUAUGUUUGACUGACGAAGAAGCUGGGACUGCUUCCUGGGAGGGUUCAUCAGCCAUUGGAAGUCUUAUGGAAUGUUUAAUUUGCAUAUACGAGGCUUAAGAUCCGAACCCGGAAUGACGGACCUCUACGCAAAAAGAGAGAUAUCGGGGACCAACAUGCAAAAAUCUCCUUAACUGAGCUCGUUGGAAUCCUGCCUGGUCUCAGAUAGGAAAUCCUAGCGCGUGCGUGAAUGGGCGACGGUCCGUACGAGCUCGGACGCAUGAUGCGGUUUGGACGGAGACGAAAAGGUAAAUACCGUGCCAUCGUCGAACCAGCGACCACAGUCUUGAACCAACUGUACGUCGACACAUGGUCGGUGGAUGGUCCCACAGACUCUCCUGUUCUCCUCACCGCUACUUAAAUUGGCCCCUACAGCUCAAAGUUUGACGUGCUCGUUUCGGAUACAGCUGCGGACUCUCUCUCUCUCUCUCUCUCUCUCGUUUCUUCUCCCAAUUGUUUAUCAUUAUUGGGAAAAUAAUAGAGGGGGGAAGCGGAGUUGGAUUCCAAAGAAUCUCGAAGGAAAUCAAGAUUUAACGAUUGAGGGUAGCAUGCCCUUGUAGCUAAAUAAGCAAAUAUCUCACCAAUGCGCUCCAGGAGAACAAGUUGGAUAUCUGCUUGUUAUCAUCCAUUCUUUGUUGGUGUAGUAUGCUUCCUGUUUAUAGUGUACAAGCUUUUUCCUUCUCUAUUUUCUCUUCUUUUAAAUUCUUCCCCUGUCAUUGCUUGCACAACUCUCCUUCUUGGAAUCUUUCUGAGUUAUGGUGAACCGAAUGUUCCUGAGAACAAAAAAGAUCAUAUUAAUAUGACUCAAACGAGUUCAUCGCUGAAGAUUGAGCCAGUUGCAAAUGAUCUUGGGUGCAAGAACGAGGAAAACUUCAAAGUGGAGGCUCAUCUGGGAGGAAGAAGAGGAAAAGCAACUAAGAGAACGACCAUCAAAACAAUUGCUUCAGGUGAUAGAAGACUUAGUGCAGCUAGCAGAGCUGUUAAGGAAGAUGAGGUCAAUCAAAUGGAUGCGACUUCUGUCGAUUCUAAUUCUUUUGUUGAGGAAGAUCACAGUAAGAAUAACUUCAUUGAAGAAAAAGGAUAUCACAUAGGAAAUCUAGCUGAAGGUUUGCAGAAUGUGAAAGAACAUAUUGGUCGUGUAAUUGCUUUGAGUUUCACAGUUCUCAGUGCAAAAGCAAAUAGAACUAAAUUGGACCCUUCUGAUCCAUGUUUGGAUUCACAAUGGCAUGACGACCACCGGGAUGAUUCUUCAGAUUCCAAAUCUAACGGGAAAGAGAUGUCUAACUCUCAUGCGGCAAAUGGUGUCUCUGUUCUUGAUGAACUUGAUCCGCUUUUAGACUCUGAAACUUCUCAAGCUGACCUGGUUUCCAAGGACAACGCUGAUGAUGGUUCUGUAUCAUUCUCACAGAACCAUGUAUCGGAAGAUGGCAGCGGGGAGGAGGAAGCAGAAACUCAGGAUGACGAUGAUGAUGAAGAGGCACAGGAGGAGAAAGAUGAUGGAAAUAAAGCUGCUGUAACAUGGACUGCAGAUGAUCAGAGGACUCUCAUGGAGCUGGGUAACACUGAACUCGAAAGGAAUCUUCGGUUAGAGAUUUUAAUUGCCAAACGAAAAGCUAGCAAGGCAAUGGAAAAAAAUCUAAUAGACUUGGAUGAUAAUAUGGAUGAGAUAUUGCAAUCUCAUGGUCAUCUUCCAUCAGUUAAUGCACCAAGAAGGAACCCGUUCGAUCUCCCUGAUGUUUUAGAUGAAUCUGUUCCAGGUUCAGCUCCUUCUGUUCUCCUACCAAGACGAAAUCCAUUUGAUCUUCCUUACGAGCAGGUGGAUGAUGAGGAGAAUUCGAGCCAUAAAGAAUUUGUUGCAGUUCCACAACAUGAUAUACCGUUGAGGAGGCAUGAAAGCUUCACCGUUGGUGCUUCAUUCUUUAGUGACUUCAAUCAAGAGAAACAUUCUUCAAGGUUUAUGCCUUAUUUUGGUGCAGAGGAGAUGGAUUUUGCUGAUCCACAGAGAAAAUUAAGAGAAAUUAGUGAUUCAAAAGUGAAAUCUACUUUAAAAUCUGAUACAGUUUCUUUGGUUACUGAUCAGGAACAUCCAAAAGACUUGCAUCGAUUGACUGGAUCUCCCAUUACGAAUAGUGCAGGAUCUGCUGAAAAUGACAGUCAAGUAGAGAGUCAGAUGAAGAUGAAUGACGAUCAUACAAAUCAUUUGAAUCAUAGCAUAAUGAUGGAACAAACUCAUCAAGCCACUGAAAAUAUUGGAGCUGUCGAAUAUAACACCAAGGAAGGGUCAGAAUCAAGGUCACCCAUUUCAUAUGCUGUGAGGUCUGAAGUGACCAAGGAGGAUUGCGAGUCGAGCUCCACUUCUUCAUCGGAAGCAGAAAAGAAUACCUCCAGAAUAAGCACUCACGAACAAAUAUCUAACCAGGAACAAAUAACUAGUGGUUCCUCGAAGGACUCCAUGGUUUCAGCUAAAUCAGUUGCUACAGAUUCUGACACCGGGAAUGUGAAAGCAGAUCAUGUUCAUGAUGGUCAUGUUGUGGAACCUCUUUAUGAUUCUAGUCCAACACAAACGGAGAAGUCACACUCAAAUUCUGCACUUGAUGAGGCUCCCUACAUUGCAGCAGAAAGAAAUAUUCCACCAAGUAGUGAUGCACCAUCUGCCAAUGGAUUUAUCUGGUUUGCAUCUCCGAGUCUAGCAUCGGUAGACGAGAAUGAAGCAGCAUCAAGGGAGAUAUCAGUAAUCAAGGAGCUUGAUGUUAUCGGAGAUGAAGCCAGAGUUCGGAAAGACUCUGGUCGUCCACUUUGGCGUAUUUUGCCAUCGCCAGCAGCCAGGAAGAGAACGCUUCACUCAAGCUUGUCUGCCGUGGAGAUUCAAUCAAAUGAAGGUAGUUAAAAACUUGAAACCAACAAGAGAGUAUCUGCAAAUAAAUUCAUCUUAUUCAACUUCAUGUCAUGCAAAUAUAGAAGAUUAGAACGACCAUAUGUGCUAUCAAAAAGUCAACUGUCAUUUUCUUGUUGAUUUCGUUAAAUCUCAAGGCAAUUGUAAAUUUGUAUCAUUUUUUUUCUUGGUUAUUGAAUUUGUUAAUGAAAAUGUCAAUAAAUUCACUUGCUUAAGUGAACAAAAUUUCCAAUAUUUGAUCAUCUAAAUGUAAAAAAAAA